GUCUGUGGAGUGGAUGCCGGUGGGGAGCGGGUCAUACACCGCCGUAGCGGAGCCGAAGCAGGUGGAGUCUCUCCGUCCGCCUCACCCCGCUGCUGAACUACAGACGCUUCCUUCGUCUUAAUGUCGGUCCAUCGUGUAUAUGAGAGAAUUAUUUGACGAGUUUGACCAUGACGUCGGUGUGGAAGCGGCUUCAGCGGGUCGGAAAGAAGGCAGCGAAGUUCCAGUUCGCUGCCUCUUUUCAAGAACUGGUGAUAGAAAGCACCAAAAAAUGGCAACCAGACAAACUGAGAGUGGUGUGGAUCAGGAGGAACAGACGUCACUGCACAAAGCUCCACAGCUGGCAGCCAGGGAUUAAAAACCCCUACAGAGGCCUGGUGGUUUGGCAGGCUCCAGAGAGUUUAGACAUCACUGUCACGCUCUUCAAGGAACCAACUGCAGAGGAGUUUGAAGACAAGGACUGGACUUUUGUCAUUGAAAAUGAGACAAAAGGCCAUAGGAAGGUGCUGGCAUCAGUUGAUGUCAACAUGAAGAAGUUUGCCAGUGCCACACCAGCCCAGUAUAAUUUAACACUGAAGCUCAAACCGCUUUCGGUCAAAGUGGUGGAAGCCACGUUAAAACUGAGCCUGUCUUGUAUCUUUCUCAAAGAGGGCAAGGCCACAGAUGAGGACAUGCAGAGUUUGGCCAGUCUAAUGAGCAUGAAACAGAGUGACAUUGGAAAUCUGGAUGACUUUAAUGACAGUGAUGAUGAAGCUGGAGAGGACAGGAAGGCCACCUCUGGAUCUGGACAAGUUACUCAUGUUACUGCUUCUGCUACAAGAAUACAUGAUCUGGCUUGGAGGCCUGCAAUUGAAUCAGGCCCCAAAGUAACCUCAGAGAUGGAUUGGAAAACGUCCUCUGGCAUUUCUUCCACCAUCUUGGCCCCAUCUUGUCCUCCUCUGCCUGAACCCCCAGACCCCUCCAUUCCAUCCUUUUUACGUACAUGUCUGCCAAGCACUACCCAGCAGUCUCGGCCAUCCCCAUAUGCCUACUCACUGCCAGCCUUUACUCGGGCUCACCCACCUGCACUUCCCAAAAUCUUCCAACCCAGUGCCGGAUCAGUGCCCAUUUCGGCUCCUCGGAGGCCCCAUAGCUUCCACAGUGGUGUUUCUCCAGCUGAGGGCUUGGAAGUCCAGGCUUUCUCUACCUUCAGCUCUUCUAAAACCUCUUCUCUCUCCUCUUCAACCUCUGAUCCAUCUCUCCAUUCUCCCACUGCCUGUGACACGUCACAAACAGUUGUCCCCAGUGCCUGGUGUGCACCACGUAUUCCUUCCUUUUUUUCCAUCUCCUCCUCUACAUCUUCAAUUCCUCUCAGCUCCUUCCAUUCUAUACCUCCACCUCCUGCUCCCAGGCAGCCCAAAGCUCGCCUCAGCUCUGUGGGAGAGGCAGGCUCUGUCCUCACCAGGCCCACCAGUCUGCCAUCUGCCCCUGAGACAGUUUCCUGGCAGAGUGAAUGGAGGCCCCCCAAAUCUCAGGCCCCUCUAGCACAGCCUGCCCUCUCGCCUAAGUUACUGCAUCUCACUGCCAAUGAUUCUGGACAGCCUACAGUGCUGCAGAAAAAGCAGAGAAUAGAGAUGCCAUCUUCCUUCUCUCUUACCACUGGCCCAUCUUUAGAGCAGAAACCUCAGGGAGAGUGUGGAUAUGUUUCUUCCUGGAAACCUCAGGUCAACCCUGCAGUAGAGACCCCUUCACCUUCUCCUUUAAAUCCUGCCUCUUCACUUUUGCUCUGUGGGCCGCCUCCUCCUCCUCUUCCUCCUCAGCCUCAUAUAUCCCAAACUGCCUUAGUCUCCCCCAGUGACCAAGAUGCAGAAUUUAAAAGACAGUUGAGCACCCUGAGUGAAGAGGAUAACCAGUGCACCAAACCUACAACCCCUGAUCCCAGAGCCCCAGCCAAUCGGAGGCAUGAGCUGCCCAGGACUACAGAACGGAAAAGGGACGCACAUUUUGGUUUGGAGGUUGUCAAGGCAUCAGCAGGACAUGAAUACAUGUCUUCACAACAGCCAUCAUGCCCAAUUAUUGCUGGUGCUGCAGAACCGCAAUCUGAGACCCAAAUAAAUUAUCCUGAGCAGCAUCUUAUAAACAGGACCAUACUAUGGGAGGAGCUACCAAAGUCAACUACACUAAAAUGUCCUACAGACAAGAUCAUACAAUGGGUGGAACUACCAAAAGUGACUACAGAUGUGACAAGAAACACACCAGAGGAAGAAAUUAAAACGUUUAAAGAAAUGGUCAGUAUGGACCAAUUGUUACCUGGUAUUGCCAUGACCCCAAGUCUCUCCUCCAAGAUGUUGGACACUGAUGAUGACAGUAGGACAAAGACAGAGGCUGGGAUAGCAGAUAUGACGCUGAUAUGUCCAACAGUUAGUGGCAUGUUUGAAUUUACUGCUACUGCAAAACAUACAAAUGAAAGCUUACUGGAAAGUGACUUCAUGUGGGUUAAGCCAACAGAGGAUAAUGACAGUAUAACCACUGAGAGUGGUCUUCAUUUCAAAGGAAAUACAGAUUUGGAUUAUCAAAUUGAAAUGGAAUGGAAUGGAAGAAAUAAAAAGCCUACUGCACAAUGUAUGCCAAAUUCUGCGAAGCCUGAAAUUGAGUACAAACAGUUUACUUCCUCAGAAACCUAUCCUGGUAUGUCAAACAUUGCUGGUGUGCCAUCUAAAUUGACCGCAAAAGAAGAACCCUGGCUCAUGGAUCACAAACCAUUCUGGGAGAAACAAUCAAAACCAAAGGAAGUAUUCCAGCCAUAUGCAUUGGAGGAUGUUGAAAAGAACACAAAGAAAAUGUUUUUACUGGUGCCGUCUUGCCCUAGAGGGGCAAGAAAUCCAGGGUUCCCAUCUGUAUCACACUACAGUUUAGUUUUUUGUGGACCAAAUGCGAUGGAUGUUUAUCCUGAAUGUACUGGAGUCUCCUAUACACCUGAUUCACCACCUAUGAGGAAAGCAUCAUGGGUAGCAGAACAGGAAUCACUUUUAGAGAAGGAAAUGAAAACUAAGCUUGUCAUGACAGUGUCACCACAAGAGAAGGAUGAAAUUACACCAGUUGGAGUUUUGAUACCAACUUGCCCAAAAACAUCUUGCAUACUAGGCAUUCCCCUAAUUCCACAACCUAUGAUACCACAUCAUGGAUCAGAUAUGAUGAGCCUUUUGAGAACUUGCUCCAGAACAUCUUGUGUUGAAGGUAUUCCAUCAUUAAUGGAACAUUUGAGUAAAAAGUGGGCUUCAGAUUGUAAACCUUUAGAAGUAGCACCACACAAAAUCGACACAGUCAUAAUCAAUGACAUUUUUCACAAUGAUGACAUGAAAAGCAUGGCAGCUUUAGCCCCAACUUGUCCAAAAGAAGCUUGUAUCCCUGGAUUACCAUCUGCUAUGGAACCAACAGUAAGCCAUAAUGGGUUUAGUAGUGUCAGUCUCCUUUCAUCUUGCCCGGCUGCUUCUAGGACGGCUGGUUUUCCUUCAAUGCAGAAAGCUGACGAGAAAGACUGGAACACAAGCCAUGCGCCAAUAUGGGAGAAGCAAAUUAAAAUGGAGUCUGUUUUACAACUGGAGAACAAUACAAUUGACAAAGAUAUGAAGGGAUCUGUUACUUUUACGCCGAGUUGCCCAAGACAAUCAGUCAUCUCUGGUUUUCCUUCUUUACCAAAACCCAGAAUGAUUAAUGUUGUUAACAUGACAAAUAUGGUCAGUCUUUCAAGCUCAUGCUCAAAGAUGUCACAAAUACCAGGAUUUCCAUCAAAUCAUAAUUCAGAGGGGUGGACAAUGAGCAUGGAGCCACUGUUUGAACAAAGAAUGAAAGAAAAGAAGCUGUCAUUGAUUGACGAAUGUGAAAGAGAUAAGGAAGCAAUAAAAGCAAUGCUUGCCCUUGGACAAUCAUGUCCCAAAAUGGCAUGGGGGUUAGGAUUUCCUUUUCAGUCAACUGUUUGUUGUGCACAAAGUAUUAGCCUUUUUACUCUGUGCCCUCACGUUUCCAAAAUACCUGGAUUCCCAUCCAUUAAUGGGGAUAUGAAUGUAGGAUGGAUAACAGAAAAGGGGGCAUUGCUAAAGAGGCUGCCAAAUAAGGAAGUCAUAUUUGACAUAACAAAUGGCUACAAAAUGAUUGCAAGGCAUAUGGUUUCCUGUGUGCCAUCCUGUGCUAAAGAGUCAUCUAUUCCUGGUUUUGCAUCUAUUCCAAAUCCCCAAAUUGUGAGUUAUGGCUUAAAUGUAGUAAACCUUCUUCCGUUGUGUCCAGAACUUUCUGUCAUACCUGGUAUUCCAUCACUUGAAAGGCACAAAGAAGAAGGAUGGGGUGCCAGACUAGGUUCGUUGAUGUGCAAACCCCAAACGAACAUUCAUUGUAUUAUUAAUGGCUCACAAAUUACUGUAGACAAACCAAACAACAUGUUUGCUUUGGUUCCUUCCUGCCCUAGAGCAUCAAAGGUUCCAGGCUUCCCAUCUGUCCCCCAUUACAAUAUGCUUAGUAUUGUACCUGUUUGCCCAAAAAUAUGCAGGUGGCCUGGAUUGACAUCAUUUGAAAGGACCUCAAAAUUCCAAUGGCUUUUUGAUCCACACACAUUGUGUGAUAAGCUAUCAAAAGAGACAGAUUUUCAGAUACACUGUCCAAAUCAAGAUGGAAAAACUGUGAAGACGAUGUUGGCUUUAGCUCCAUCUUGCCCUGAAGCGUCCAGGAUCCCAGGGUUCCCCUCUGCACCUCAAACCAAACCCAAGAUCGAACCCAAUAUGAUAACUUUCCUAUCUUUCUGCUGCAGUGCUUCACAUCUCCCAGGAUUUGCAUCUAUGACUACAACCCAAAGUGAUGAAUGGCUAAAUGAGACAAAGCCAAUUUUGAUAAAGCCUCUGGAGAAGAGGGCAAAAAUUGUUACACAACUUGCUGGACAGGACCAGCUUUAUUGGUACAACAUGACAAGCAUGGUGACAUUAGUGACAACCUGCCCCAAAGAGGCCAGAAUAUUGGGCUUUCCCUCUGCUCAAGCUGGAAACAGACCACCAGACAUGGUCAGCUUAUACACAUCAGCUCCAUGUGUCUCAUGUCUCCAAGGCUUUCCAUCAAGAAGGAUGCUUAGCGCCGAUUGUAUAAACAAACAAAUUAGGACAACAGACAGCAAGUCCCUGUCAGAGAAUAUGCUGAAUGAGAAGAUGUUUCUUAUUGCACAACAUAAACAUGGACAGGAAGACAUGGGGUACAUGGUAGCAAUGGCUCCAUCAUGCCCACAUUUGACUGGAAUCCCUGGGUUCCCCAGCAUUUCACAAUCAAGCCCAACAGAGAAAGAAACAAGGACUAGUUUGUUUCCUUGUUCUACUGAGAGGCACGCAUCACAAGAAUUACCUCCUGUGCAGUCAACUCAGACAUAUCUCAAAGACCCAAGAAUUCCUGGUAGUCACUCCACAUCUUUAACCAGGCCCAGCACAGCACCUGCAUAUGGUGAGAUAUUUGCAGCUUUAGGAUUGAGGUCACUUUCACCUUUUAUGUCAUGUUUUUCUCUUAUGUAUUUUACUGUACUGUCUUUUAUGACAGAGGACAAAUUUGAAGGUGGUGCAAAGCACAACAUAGACCUUAGUGCAGAUAAAGGCAAAUCACAAGUAGAGAUGAUAGCAACAGAAGACACCCAAACAGUGAAGAAACUGUUGGACACAUCAGAACCAGCAGGUGCCUUGGGGUGGGAAGUAUUGGAGGCAGAGGGAACAGUAACUGAAAAACAGACAGAAUCCUUUUUGUCAGAAGACACCCCAGGACUAGUAAAGGCUAUUGUGGGUGUUUUCCACAAAGGGUUUCAUUCACUCAUUCUAGUAUCCAUGUCUCACAGUUAUGAAACAGUAGCAUCCAUUUUGGGGCCAUCUAGCUCUACUUUAGCUGAAGUGCAUCACCAACCCAAGGCUGUCUCUACUAUGGAUAUGAAAGACAAGAGUCUGGCUCUUUUGGAUGAGUCCUUUCCACGUUUCGUCGACAACACUACUUCCAUACAGAAGAUGGAGGGCCAAUUUGAAGACGUACACCCCACACAUGACAAUGAAUAUCCAACAAGUGUUGAGCCUUACAUGUUGGACUUACAUACAUGUGAUCAAUCAGUGUCACCAACUUCUGACAGUGAUAAUGGGUUUUUGGUUUGCGCAAACAUGAAAAAGUGGCCUCCGCUGACAGAGGCAGAUAUCACUGAAAUAUCAAAAGAUGAUAGUGGACAAGUAGAGGAGCAAGAGACCACUCUUGACCAAUUACAUACAAAGAUGAGAUCAUUCACAGGGCAGGACUCUGUUCAAACUUCAGAGUACAACAAAAGUUUAUUAACAAGACAACAGAGCGAGACAGAACAAGAUGAGGUUAGAACAAUGUCAUCUUCUUCACAGCUGGAUAAAGGCCCCCAAAGUAUGGAAGAAAUUUCUGCUACUUCCCUGCAGCCUGCAUCAAAUAAGUCACCAACAGAUGCCAAUGCAGAUAGAAAGAUACUCAUGGACAAAACUUCAGAUUUACAGAACCUCAGUCCAAUUGGACCACAAGCUGACAUUGCUGUCCCUCAGCGAGGCAGAAAGCCCAAGAGAAACACUUCAAAACCUCAACAUCAAGGAUGUGAUCAAGAAGAAGACACUAUUCCAGUGCGACCACUCAGAAGGAAGGAUAGUUUAACACCAAGCCGUAAACAAAAGUCUGAUGGUUUGCCAGUCAAACUUCUCCCUGAGGUUUUUCCAGUCCAGUUCACACAGCCUGCCACCGUCCCAUCUUGCAACAUAAAGACAGGAGUCAGUAGUGUUCCUGUGUGUGUACCCCAGAAUGAACAGUCCCAAGCAAAUGUUGAUGCACAACCAACACCAUACACUGAUGACCAUAGACAAAAAGAGCAAAUUGAAUCUGUGCAAAUAAUCAUGGGUUUUGUCCCUCCUCCCCGUGUGAAAAGGAGAGAUGGUAGUUUGCCACCUGAAACACCACAGGGAACGGGCCCUUGCAAGCCUCUGAGGAGAAAAGAUGGUGUCAGAGACACUUCUAUUCCAAGAACUAAUGAACAGCAGAAUUUGAAAGUCCAAGUCAGUUCUGCUUUGGAAGCUCCUGAUCCUGUUCCUCCUCAACCUUGUGUGAGGAGCUCUCGUGUCUCAGGUGCCCUUGAACCUUUACAGAGCAUUGAUAAACCCCAUCAAACAGCCAUCAAAAUAAUCCCCUCAAAACCUUUAGGUAGAAAGGACCACACAACCACCAAUCCUGAUGAGAGUGCAUCUCUAAAGGCAGAUGCAGAAUUGGUCUGCUCAAAGGAUAGGAGCUCUUCUACCCCAGAAUGGCCCAUGAAAGACAUUAACACAUCUGUCCAGGCUUCUUCUAAUGUAAUUCCUCCCUCAGAAGCAAAAGACUGCCCCCCAGAGAUAUUUCAUGUUGAUCAGACUGCGUCGCUCUCAAUCAUCAAGAAGAUAUGCCUUCCUCAACCUAGUAAGAGAUUGCCUUCAAGCAAAUCUGUCAAAAUUGUCAGUGACAAGGGAAUUUUGGCACAAAAUGUCAAUGUUGCAAGCAAGGAGUCUGUGAAACCAGUCCAGAUCAUCAACACGGUUAUGUGGGAUAUAGAAGAAAUAAAACAAUCAAAUAAAGCUGCUGACACAGCUGUUGACAGAAUUGACUUCACAUAUUUUAAGAAAUCAGAGAAUGCAUCAGAGAUAGCUGAGGCAGAGAAGCACAAACAAGCAACUAUUUGUGAGCCAAGGCCUCGUAUGAGGAAAUGUCUAAGUGGCUCCUUCCCGGAUGAUGUUACAUCUACCGGGAGCCCAUCUAAAGCAUCCCAUAGAGCGGAGGGACAGGCAGCAGGGCUAGAUGGUUUUGCAUUAACAACAACUAAAGAAUUGCCAUACAUGCAACACAGCAAAGGUGUCCUUCUUCCCCUGGGGAAUCAACCAUCUACGUCUGCAGAAGAAGUUACCCCUGUAAAGCUAAGGAGAAGCAGAUUGACCAUUGAGAGCGGUGUACAAGUAGAAAACGGUGCUGUUUUAGAGAAGACACCUGGCGAUUCAAGCUUGCCUAUACCAAAACCAAGACUAAAAAAACGUCUCAGUGGUUCAUUUCCAGAUGACACUACAGUUUCUGGCUCACCACCCUCCUGCCUAACAGACACUGUGACUGAUACCAUUGGUCAUGAACCAGUCCAACAGAAUGAACAGUCAAGCUUGCUUGUUCCUUUGCCUCGGGCCAAGAAACGUCUCAGUGCAACUUAUUCAGAUAGUAAAACAAUUGAUGACAAUAUAUGCCUGGGAAGCCCAGAGGAUAUAUCUGUCACUAAUGAGGAAACAGAGGAAUACUCAACCCCGCUGGAUUCAAGUGUGAUCUCUGAGGGUGGUUUUGUCACAAUCCAAGAUGAAGAUGAUGUUGCAUCAGAGUUGGAACGAGAAGUGUUAGCAGCAAUGGCAGAAGAAGGAUUUCUGAAGGCGGACAACAUAGAAGAUACUGAGAAGGCGCUGGAUGAAAUCACUGAAGACUGGACCUUUACAGAUAAACCUGUUGUCACUGAUGACUUAGAGAAGGCUGUUGUAGAAAUGUCUGAGCAUGCUGAAAAGGUUCUGGAGGCAGAAGUUGAUAUUGCUUCUACUGCAGCAACUUCUCUGGAUGACUGGCUGCAUGUAGAUAAUGACAAAGACAGUGAGCCAACUGACAGACAAUCAAGGAAAGAAAUAAGGGAAGAAGAGUUGGACUUUGGCUUUGUUUCUGUAGAAGUAGCUGCUGGUUGUUUAGAGGAACGGCAAAGGGAGACGCCUGAAAGAUCUUACGGGAAGAAGCGUUUGAGUGGCUCUUACCAAGAUGACAGCAAGUCAGACGCUGCUGGUCUCUACCAAGCCAAGGAACCAAUAACACCUCAGAAAAGGCCUGCAGAUGUUGCUGCCUCUCCUGAGAACCUUAUGGCCAGUCCCAGUUUAGUGACAUCCAGUAAGUCUUUGCUGGAAUGGUGUCAGGAAGUCACGCAGGGUCACAAGGGAGUGAAGAUCACCAACUUCAGCACCUCCUGGAGAAAUGGCCUCGCUUUUUGCUCCAUUCUCCAUCACUUCCAUCCAGAAAAUAUUAAUUAUGAAAUGCUUGACCCGUAUGACAUCAAGUCCAACAACAAAAAGGCCUUUGAUGGCUUUGCUGAACUUGGCAUUUCCAGGCUGAUUGAACCUUCAGACAUGGUCAUGCUAACAGUGCCUGACCGCCUCAUUGUCAUGACCUACCUCAAUCAGAUCCGUACCCAUUUCACAGGACAAGAGCUAAGUGUGCUUCAUAUAGAGAAGGAUAGCAGCGAGUCCAGUUAUGCAGUAGCAGGGGAGCGGGAUACCCAAGAGGACCCUGAGGCAACUGUUCGCUACUGUGCUCAGAGGUUCCAGGUGGAAGGUAUAAGUCUUGAGACAAAUGGGACUACUGGCAAAGCAGAGAAGGACAACAAAUCCAAUAGUGAUGUGGUUCCACCUCCCAGAACCAAACGACUGCAAGUUGUUGGGGCAGGUGGUGCUCAGUUACCAGUGGCACCACCAAGGACUCAUUUCCUGUCCAAGUCAAGUUUCUCUCAUGUCAAAGAUGCUGAUCUGGUCAAGAAGCGUAGGUCACAGCGGAGAAGUGGUUCAGUUGAUGAAGGAGACAUAUCAGUGGUAGUUGAAGAAGACAGCGCUACCGGGAGGAAGUCAGAAACUGAGAGAACAGAGGCUGUGGUUGAGGAGGGAAGACUAGAAGGGCAGGACCCCAGUCAGUAUGUGUUGAGUCAGAUGGAAGCCCUGGAAGCAGAACAAAACCAUAUUGAUAACAGAGCUGGUGUGGUGGAGAGGAAACUUAGACAGCUUCUCGAAACAGGCAGUGACAAGGUGGAGGAAGAGAGGUUGAUUCAGGAAUGGUUUACACUGGUCAACAAGAAGAAUGCAUUAAUACGGAGGCAGGAUCAUCUGCAGCUACUGCUUGAGGAACAAGACUUGGAAAGGAGAUUUGAGCUGUUAAACAAAGAGCUGAGGGACAUGAUGGCACUUGAAGACUGGCAGAAAAGUCAGGUCCAGAAACACAGAGAGCAGCUGCUGCUUCAGGAGCUGGUCUCAUUGGUCGACCAGAGAGACGAACUGGUCCACAACAUUGAUGCAAAGGAGAGAGGAGCCCUGGAGGAGGAUGAGCGUCUGGAACGAGGCCUGGAGCAGCGGAGGAGGAAGUAUGCUAAACAGCAGAAAGAGAAGUGUCUGAUGCAGUGAUCUUAUCACCCUUUAGCCACCAAACACUGGGUCACCUAUCUGAGAGAGUGUGGGUCAAGACAAAUUCAAGAUGGACCUUAUUUGGUGCUCAUUUAUCUGCUGUCAUACCAUCAAAACAGCUGAUUCAGGGAGCGUAUUCCUGCAAAAGUACAGAGUGUACCAUUUUGAGGUGGUAGUGAAUUUCCAGCAGUGACUGAAAUGGUCCAAAACCAGAGUGAGGCUCUGAGAAAUGUUUUGGCUUGGUUAUUUUGAUUUGUGUCAUAAAAUGGAGUCCAGUGCACCUUCAUUGUCCAUUCACCAAUCGCUACAGGACACUCAGCACCAAGGAAUUUUGACACAGUCAGCAGAAGAGGCAUCAGUGUUUCAGAGAAGUUGGCUUACCCGUUUUUUUUGCUGUUUCUGUGCAGUGGUUUUAGUGACGAUUGUUACACAAUGUCUUUGUGAAUGUUAAGAUACAGAUAUGAGCUACCAAAAACAGGAGAGACUUGGUUUGACCAGUGUUGAUUUGUUAAAGCAGUACGGAUAUGUUUGGAUUGAAAGUCCCCUCAACUGAAUGACUAAAUGUACAUUGCUAUUGACUGCUAAAACACCGACACCAGUGAAAAAUAGGCAAGGCCACACCAUAAAUUUUACGUGAUCAAAUUAUUUGUUCCUUUUCUGAUCCAGGUCUGUUUUUUUUUUAACAUGUACUUUGUCACCACAGCUGCCUAACUGACAAAUCAAGAACAGGAUUAGGGCCACUGUAAAAAAGGUAUUUUCUCUCAGAAUUUUUGCUAUUUUCCCUCUGAAUUCAGAAAUUGAAAAAAAAAAGUUAGGGUCUAAAUAAGCAACUUUAAUCAAAUGAAUUGGCACAGUUGCCUUAUCAUCUUCUGUAAAGAUGUGUUAUGUCAGAAGUGAUGUGUGAAAAAGUUUCUUGGACCCUGUGAGUGGAUUUACUGAUUGUAGCGGAUGCAUUUGAACUGAAUGCUGUCUUCCAGCCCUUAUGUUUUCUGUUUGCUUUAUUUUUUUGCUUUAUUUUUUUGCUAUUUUCAGGAGCAUGAUUGUGGUGUUCAAAUGUUUAUAUCAUAAUGUGUGACCACUUCUCUGUUGAAGCAGUUGGAAUGCAACGGCAAACAAAGCUGCCAUGGUCACUGAAUCCGAUAGAUCAGUCUUCGAACUAACUUAUUAGAUUAAUUUAAAGUUGUAAUAUUUAUUGAAUUAAGACGUAUGAGAUGGAUGAGCAGCUACUCAGAGCUGUCCAAUGUAUUGGUUUGUAAUUGAACUAAAUCGUAUAAAACACACUCAGUGACAACUGACAUUUGUUUUCCUAUUCAGGUCAUUUAUGGAAAAUAGUGACUUCUGCAUAGGUGAAGUCUUGAAUGCCUCGGCAUGAUAAAACCAAAUCUCUAGCACGAUGUUAUCAUUUGCUAAAAGUGAUCUCUUUCAGUAAUGAAAGGAUGCUUCCUCCUUGUUUUGUACUGAAAGGUUAUGUGCUUUUGCUUCAGUGUAAGGAUGUUCUGUAACAGUGACAUUUAUGGGCCUGAGAAAUUUGGUUUAGUGUAUUGAAAAGUUUACAGUUCUCAUGUUGCCAUAACUUGUGGUCGUAGCUGCUCUGACCACCAUUUGUGUGAAUUAGUUACUGCAUGUUAAAAAGAUGGUGUUUUUAGGAGCUUUGAUUUGUGGUUUUUAUGUGAUAUUUGCACUAUUUGUAAAGUUUGGAAAAAUACAAAAGAUUUGAAUGCCUCAACA